AUGGCCAAUCCUCUGAGGGGAGAGGUAGUGAAGCUCUAUAAGAAUCUUUUAUACCUCGGACGAGAGUAUCCAAAGGGGGAAAUCUACUUCAAGGAGCGCCUGAAAAGGGCCUUCAUAAAGAAUAAAGAUGUCACCGACCCCGAGCAGAUUAAAGAACUAAUUGCCAGAGGUGAAUUUGUUGUUAAAGAGAUCGAAGCUCUAUAUUAUCUGAGAAAGUAUCGAGCCAUGAAACAGCGCUACUACGAGGACAGCCCCAAGUGA